AUGGCCGACGACGACACGCCAGGAGAAGAUCCGAAGGAGUGCUCCGCGGAGAUCCCACCGGAAACUCCGCCGCCGUCUCCUCCGAGAGACGAUGCUCCACGACCGGAGCUCGAAGAAGAUUCUGAGGCUGAUCCACAGAGCCCGUCGGAACUCCUGGUGGAGGGAAGCAUGAGAAUAAAUGGGCUCUGUUCUGAGAUUCUGAGUUCAAUCUUGUCUACCCGGGGGUGCUUCUGGAGGAUUUCUAGCAGGAUAGAUGGAGGCGAAUCUGAGGGCUCCUUCAACGCAGAGCCCUCCGAGCAAGGAGAAAUAAACUUAGAGGUUCUGCUGUCAGGGGCGAGUCAGCUUCGCGAGCAGGGGUUGGAGGUGGAGGCCAAGUUUUCCCGGUACGAGGAGAAGACAAGAAAGGAGAAGAGAGACUUGGAGGACAGGAUUCUGGGUUUGACCGAGGAGAAUGCCGACAUCAGCCGCUUGCUUCGGAUAGCUCUCGUGGAGAAGGAAGCAGCAGAGAAGAGCCUGAACAGGUUGAAAGGAAGCGGGGAGCAGAGGAGGACGGCGAUCCUACAAAUUGCAGAGUGGGGGUUGCAGAAGGCCGGGUUCGGGUUCUUGAGGGGAGGGUCAGCCGAGGAGUCUCCAAAUGAGCACCCGACCAGCUGCAAUGCCAGCAUGGCGUCAGAUGUCAGUGAAUGUGAGGAGGAGGAGGAGACCAGCCUGGUAACCUUCUUGGUUAAAUUCUCCUGCAUAUGGGCUUUCAAUGGUCUAAGAAUACAUGCCAAAUGAGUAUCUAUUUUUGUCUCUUGGUAAUUAUUUUCCCCGCUAAUAAAUAAAACGAGACAUAAUUCUAAACGCAUAGGAUUAGGAGAUAUUCAGAGAGUGAAAUGAUAAAGCUGAAUGAUAAUGGAUACUCAUAAAAUAGUAAGGUUUUCCCCAGAUUAACAAGGAAUUUUAUCUGGGUUAGAUAACCCACCCACAUGACUGGUUUUACAGUUUAAGUUCCAGCGACCAAUUUGCAGUCGUCUAGAUGCAGAGGGAAGUCAAGGUCUGAUUAAGGAAUCUGAUCUCGUAUCUGAGGCAUGGUAGAUUAUUGGUUAAUGCAAUUGAUAUAUUUAAAAAAUGAAAAUAAAAAAUAAAAAGGGGCACAUUAGCAGCAUAAAACAGCACUAUUUUUUAAUUCCAACAGGAGCCCAGAGCCUAGUGUUCAUAUUCGAGGGAAACUCUGUUACGAAAUGUUCCCUUUCCUCGUUACUUAAGCUUCUUAUUGCAAAUAAACUGUUUCUCCGCAAGAAUAAUUUCUAGUUGUUAUAUUGAAUUUCACUGAGUUUAUAUGUUUUUGCUGUUGGAUCUUUUUUGACCAGGCCUCUGCAGUCGAAAAGAUAGUAAAAAAUCUACGGCAUGAGGUCACAGAAUUACGAUGUUCUUUAGGGGAGCAAAGGUGCUUCUAUAGAAAGCUGUAGUGUUUAAAUAUUCUCAUAUUUCUUUUUUCAUCAAGUUUCUAAAACAAAGUAUCGCAAUUGAAAAGAUAUUUGGAUCACGUGAGUUCCCAAUUCCAUGAAUGAGUAUGAGGAACGGGAAACAGGACAAAUCAGCGGCAGUUCAAGAGGAUACUGGACUACGUUUUAUACGAUAAGAACAACCAAGAGGGGAAUGAUGCAGUAUGUUUCAAUGAAAGGAUAAUAGUUUUGACUAUCCACUUUCUCUAAAUCUCAUGGGAGGCUAGUCUGUAAACCACCUGCCGCGAAACCUUUUAUUUACAAAUACUAGUUUGACUGUUCAGUUUUUCCAGAAACCAAAAGUUUUAAACACCUGGGACGCCCUGGAAUUUCUAGUUAUAAACCUUUUCCAACCAGGAUUCAUCUGCUCGACAACGGAAAAACAUACCAUUUUAACGACAUUAUAUGAAAUUCUUGAGAUUCUUUCUGAACAGAACUACUCAUCCCUUUUCGUAUGACCUAGACAACGCCGCAGGUAGGAUCUUCUUCCACUUGAUUUCACUUCAACCUGAUUCUUGUCUCUUCAGUAUCAAAAGGAAGGAGAUUGUAUUUUCAAUCUCAAUUAGAGUCAUUAAAAAACCGCGCAUUACAAGAAGAUCCUAUUCAGAACCUUGACGCUACUGAUGCUCAUGAUUUUCACUGUAGAGCAUGGUGUGGAGCACAGAUUGUGGAAUUACAGAUAUGGAGUUCUUCACAAUAAAACACGUCUUAUUUUUUCCUACUUUGGAAUGUGUUUAAUGCCACGUUGAAAUCAACAAUACAGAACUUGUACUCUUCCAUAGAUGGACAUUUUCACCAUGAUACCUCUCCCAGAGAAUUUGAUUCAGUGUUGACAUCAAGGCAUGCCUUUCCUGAUUGUUGGACCAAGAACGAGUCCAAUCCCGCCAUCCAGAACCAGUGGGUCUGUAGACUACAGUACUAACCUCUAAAGAAGAUUCUGUGCAUGUGAGAAGUUUCCUUAGGUUUCGAUUUGUCGGAUUUCACGACGUUUCUUGGCGGUAUCUUCUUUUUCCUUUUAUUUAGAUGUCUUUUCUUGGAAGUUGAUUCUGGCUGUUGAUUCUUUUCCAGAUCGGAGAAUGAACACCUACAAAGCCUGACAGAUAAACAAGUAAAGGAAUUGGCCGAUAGAGAUCUCCAUAUAAAAAUUUUAGAAGAGAGGGAGAAUAUGCUGGCCCGAAAUGUAUUUAUUUCCUUCUCUUUUACAUCAAAUAUCUUGAAGUUUUCACAUCUCAUCUCUGGUAUCUCUCUUUUUCGUUUACAAAGGUUGAAGAGCUAAGUCUAGAGUUGAGAGGAUCAGAGGAUGAACUUGCAAGAUGGAGAGAAGCGUGUAAGUUGGAGGUAGAGUAUGGGAAUAUUGCUAUCAGAGAAUGCCAGAGCGAGGUGAGCAAAAAAAAAGCGAUCACGUAUUUUUAUUUUCUGUGUUUCGCUGUCAUGCAGGAGCGUUAGAAUCCAUUUCCCAGAGAGAGCUCUUGUAAUAUUUACCUUUGUCCUAUUCUGUCCAUGCAAACACUCUGGACUUUGAUCUAUCUCAUUUACGAUUAUGGAAUGCCCGUGGCCUCCAUACAUUGUGAAUCCUGAAAGCUUUUUCAUGUUGGCGAAACUCCACGUUUGUGAAUCUCCGGGAUGUUUCUCAUUCUCCUCUGAGACCGUCAUUCCUCCUGUUUCAGAUUGCUGUUCUAAAAGAGGAUUUCGAGAGGACGAAGGCCGCACUGGAUGCUUCGAACAAUAGGCUGAAGCUGAAAGAGAAGCUUGCUGAGGCCGCAAUCGCUGCUCACGCGGCAGCAGAGACAUCCCUCAGACUGGCGGACAGCAGAUCGGUUGGAUUGAGAGAGGUGAUCGAGGAAUUGACGAGGCAGUUGGAGGAGGAAGCCGAGCGCAACAGGAGAGCACAGAGCAGCGUUCGCCGGAGAGUUAGGCAUAUCUGCUGGCCAUGGAGAGCCCUCAGAGUGAACCCCUCUGUAGCUGCUUUCAUUGUUCGUGGGAACGCAGUUUAG